AUGUUUUGUACUUUUGACCGCACUCUGUCUGCCGUGGACAAGAAGAGCCUGAGGUCGGCGCUUCCCCAGGCGCAGGCUGCUCUCUCCGGCCCGGAAGCCGGCCCGGAAGCUGGCCCGGCAACCGGCCCCCGCUCCGUGCCUCUGAUCAGCAGCCGAUCGUUUGUGGGCCUGAGCUCGCGGUCGAAAAACGGGUGUGUGAACUGCCGCAAGAAGAAGAAGAAGUGCGACGAGGUGUACCCCGUGUGCGGCUUGUGCGCGCGCAGAAACACGCCGUGUGUCAGGAGAGACACCAAGAAAUCGAAGACGGCCGCGAAACAGGCUACAAAAAGGCCCAAAGACCAGGAUCUGCCUCCGCCAGCUCCCCUGUUUGACCCCAAUGACCCGCUGGACAACAUGCUCCGCGAUCUCAUCCACAGCCAGGGCGAGCCCCACGCGCUGCUCGACACCAGCGAGGACGAGUUUGCGCCGAUGGACGAGUCGCAGAUUGUCGAGAACCAGAACCUGUCCGACUCCGAGCUCGUCAAACUGCUCCACCGCAAGGACACCCGGAAAUUCCUCAAGCCCACGGUUUUCCAGCUGUUCACCAGUAAGCUUUCUCCAGCCAUAACUGUUCCGUCCAACGUUCUCACACAGUCGCUGGACGAAACCGGGCGCCUGUUUCUGGACCACUACAUAUCGUUCAUAACCGAGGAAAUCACCAUCUGCCACUCGCAGGAGUCCAACUUCUUCUUCAGCUACAUUCUGAGACUCGCGGCGCAGGACUCGGCGGUGCUCAACGGCAUUGUUGCGUGGGGAGGCAUGUUUCUUCUCGGCUCCCAGAACGAGGAGGCCCGCGGGUACUUUGCCAAGUCUCUGGCGCUGGCGCAGACCCGUCGCCAGCAGAUCGCUGCCCAGCCGACACUCAGAGACUUCAUGGCGCUCGCAACGUGUUUCCUGGUGCUUGUGGGCGCCGAGAUCUCGACGGGCGACAUCAAAUUCUGGUACCAUAUUUUUCUCCAGCUGCGCGACGCUUUUUCGGAGUACGGCGGGCUGCGCAGGUUUUUCGAGGACACCAAACACGCGAACGAGGGAAAAUGGAUCAUCUCGAAUUACUUCUUCCACGACGUGAAUGCCACCAGGACGGUGUUGUCCGGCACGCACGAGGACAUCAACACGUACCGGGAGAUUUUCCAAGGGCACAAAAUCCUCGAGACGGACGAGUACGGCCUGGACCCGUUCCAGGGCUCUGCCGCCGAGCUGUUCGUGAUUUACGGGGAGAUCAACGACAAACGAAAAGAGCUCAAGGACCUGGAGAUGCGGAUCCGCGUGCUCGAAUUAUCUGGCGACGAGUCUGCUGCCAAGAAGACCGUGCUGCUGAACCAGGAAAAGCAUGACUUCUGUCUGGCCGCGUUCGAGGAGCUGGAGUCCCGCGUUCUCCAGUCCAGACCCUCGUUCAAACAGCUGGAGCCGAUCAGCAACAACCGCGACCUGCUGGCGCUGCAUCUCACCUGGUUCGAGCUGCACCAGAUCACGAUGCGGCUGUACCUGCGCAUGGUGGUGAAAAAAACCGACUUCCGCGACCCCGAGAUGGUGGCUCUGCGCGAGCACGCCGACAGACUGCUGGACAUCGUGAUCGGCACACGGAUGCAGUCGAUUCUGUGUCUCACGCUCAUGAUCGCCGGCGUGGUGCACUGCGACGAAGCGUCGCGCGCAGACAUCGCGGCCAAGUACGAGCGGCUCGUGCGCUCGUUCGAGGUGAAGAACGUGCAGAACUGCUGGCUCGUGGUGCAGAGGUGUUGGGAGAUUGAGGACGAUCUGCUGCGACGCGGCGAGCCGUGCUACGUUGACUGGUGCGAUGUGGUGGAGGACUUUGGGUGGGAGUUCUGUCUGUGCUGA